CUCAUUUCUCUCUUGCACAAGUUAAAAUUGCGACCUUGGGCUAAGGUCAAUUUAGUUUUUAUAUUUUUCUGUUUGUUUUAUACCUGUUCACGCAUCUUCGGUGGCAGGGACGUCACGUCUUUCAAAUCUCAUUAUUUUAGUACUCACUAAUUUCACUUGUCCAAUGUAAGUGCCUGUCUAACAACGGCAACAAACACCUACCUUGUCGGUGUCUAUUGUUUUGGUUCAAUAUCACAGAAUAAUGAGUCACUCAACUGCCUACUUUUUGGUUGGUCAAAGUUAUGUCUAUGUGCCACCCAAGAAUACCGCACCACAAAAAAUGUUCGGAUACUUAUUUCAUUUUGUCCUGGCAACAAUUUUAAGUACUGGCUUGACGGAUGCUAAUAAGAGUGUGUAUAACCAACUAGAUGAUUCUGCUGCAUUUCAAGAUGAACAGUUUCUUCCUUCUGGAUCUAUUUUCUUAGAGUCAUCAUUACCCGAUGAUAUUAUCUUGGAUGAUACUUGGCGAUAUAGACCAUUUCCAGGCAUACAAGUGCCCGUUGUCCGAUCACCGUAUCCAACUUUUGGAUCACCUUGGCCAUUACCACAGUUUUGGUCAUCAUCGUUUUGUUAUUAUAAUCUGGAUUCGGAAAACUUCAAUUUCAAGUUAAACAAGAUUUCAAAUGAUAUUUUGAAAUCGGCCAUAAAUCGAUAUACAUAUAUCAUACAAAACAAACUUGGCUUCGGUAUCUAUCCAAAAAUUUGGCAACAUGAUGAUUACAAAUUACCCACCUAUAAUUUUAAAAAUUAUCAGUUAGAAUGCAGAAGAAAUGCUGGGAAAAGUCAUCAGUAUGACAGUAACACAGGUAAAAAUACCUAUAAGAGCAACAUAAUGAGAAGAAAGAAUCAUAUGCCAUUUGUUUCACACCGUCCCUAUACUUCCUACCGUCAGUAUAUUUCAGGACAAAUAAGUCGAUUGAUCAAAAAAUACAAGUUAUCUUCAUUGAUUAUGCCAUAUACUGGGAGUCAAAAGUUUGCUUUAUUACAUGUUAUAAAAUCUGGUUCAUCCUGGCCUCAUAUUGAUAUGGAUGAAUCGUAUAUUUUGGGUGUUUCAGAAGACGGGAUUCUUAUCGUCGCUAACGAAACCUGGGGUGCUUUAAGAGCUUUAGAAACUUUGAGUCAGUUGAUGUGGACGUCAGGAGAUCAGUCAUAUGUUUUUAUUAACGAAACUUACAUUGAAGAUUUUCCACGAUUCAAACACCGUGGGCUAAUGCUUGACACUUCUAGGCACUAUAUGAGUAAAUCUGUUAUCCUGUUAAACUUGGAGGCCAUGAGUUACAAUAAACUGAAUGUCUUUCAUUGGCAUAUUGUGGAUGACCAGUCAUUUCCAUAUCAAAGUCAUGCAUUUCCUGAGCUUUCAGCCAAAGGUGCCUAUCGAGAAGAUUUGGUCUAUACUUCAAAAGAUAUUAGUGAAAUUUUGGAAUUUGCGCGAUUUCGUGGUAUUCGAGUAAUUCCUGAAUUUGACAUACCAGGCCAUACUCGAAGUGUUUCUUUAUCACAUCCAGAAAUUAUGUCACAGUGUUCUCAAAAGACGGGGUAUUUCGGCCCACUUAAUCCAGCUUUGAACAGAACAUAUACAUUUUUGGAGAAACUAUUCAAUGAAGUUUUUAGCUUAUUCGUAGAUGAAUACAUACAUCUAGGUGGUGAUGAGGUGGAAACUGUAUGUUGGAAAAGUGAUCCUCACAUCAUGCAAAGUGAACAAUAUUCUACUCAAUUCAGUCCUACAUUUUGGAACAAUUACUUUUGGAGGCAGGUACAGAAUUUAGUUACUAGAAUCGGUAACAGUAAUCCUGAUUUAAGGCGGAAUUUAAUUGUAUGGCAAGAUGUAUUGAAUCAUGUCACUGAGGUUAAGAAGACAUCAUUGAUACAGGUUUGGAGUACUUCACCAACUUCAUAUUUAUCUCAAGGACAUAAUAUUGUAUACUCCACCUGUUGGUAUUUAGAUUCACUCAAUGAUAUAAAACGCUGGACAGAUUUCUAUUUGUGCGAUCCCGCUAAUGAUGCUCCGAUAAAUACUCAACAGCAGAUUUUCGGUGGUGAAGCUUGUAUGUGGAGUGAAUACCAGUCGGACUAUACAGUCCUAUUGAGAAUAUGGCCGACUACAAGUGCUGUUGCAGAACGCCUCUGGAGUCCUCGGGAUACAGUUGACUUGGUUUAUGCUGGUCCACGUAUUGAAGAACAAAGAUGUCGUUUAAUUAACCGUGGUAUACCGGCUGGUGUUCUCCUAGGUCCAGGCUAUUGUGAAGGGCGUAAGCCACAAAUAUCACCAUGGGAUGUCAAUGAAAUUGUUUUGGAUGAGCAUAAAAACAUUAAACCUGGUAUUAAAUGGAAUCCGCAUAGUAAUAGUUAUGAUUAUGAUGUGAAUAAUAAUAAUAAUAAUGGUAAUAAUGAUAAUUGUCAUACAACUACAAGUAUCGAUACUUUUCAUCUGUGGAAUAGUGGUAUAGAUCUGCUAAUCGGUAUUUUCAUUGGUAUUAUAAUCACUUUUUUAUUGCGUAAUCGUAAUUUUUCUCUAUUUCGAAAAUUCAGUCGUACUGUAAUCCCGAAAUAUGCAGUAUUUUUGAUCAUUUCCACUAUUUUAGUAUUGAUGAUUUGCCUUGAUCGUAAAUAUUCUACAUUUUCAACUGUUUGGAAUGGGUAUUAUUAUCCACAUCAUUAUGACAGUAAUAUUAAUCAUAAUAUAAUGAAAGAUAGAGGCUAUCACAGACGUCGUGGCUAUAAUCCAACAAGUUAGUUAGUUGGUUAGUUAGUCAGUUAGUUAGUUGUGUGUCUCUUUCUUCGAGUGUUUGUAUUUACUUUUUCUUCGUUUAUGUAUUUAUUUUACUUCUGGAUGUUCUUUCGUCAGAUGCGCAUGCCCUUAUAUACUGACUUCAUUUUUGUUUUUUGUUUUUUUGUAAAUAUACUUCUGCGGACAAUUUAAAUUUACAAAUUGUGAUGCUUCUACUAAUCCCUUCCUUUAUUUUGUCCCUAUUUUUUCCUUCUUGUUGAGUAUAUUUAUAAGUUUUAAUAUCUUAAUUAUUAAGUAGUAUGAUUAAUGCAACUGAAAAAGUUUAUUUUAAUGAACAAGUCAGAUAGGUGCUUAUUUUUCCCCCGGAUAUUCAACAUUUUUCUUAUUGCUGUGAAUGUUGUUCUGUUUUUUAUUUGUUGUUGUCGAAGAUGUGAGAUUACACCUUUUUCUUCCCAUGUAAUAUUCUCUCUACUACCUAGUAGACUUUAAAGUAAAUCUGAUUGUCCAUGCUAACCAUAUCCUUGUUAUUAUUAUGAUUAUUUUUCGUUGAUAUAUAUAUAUAUAUAUAUAUAUAUAUUCUCCUUGUUUUACUUUCCCCAACUAUUUCCAAGAAAAGACUAGUUUUUUUUAAUCGUAUGCUUAUUUGCAGAAAAUUGAAUCUCUUAUCUUGUUUUUAUGACUAUUUAUGAAUUGAUUGAACAAAUAUGAACCAGUGUAUGUUCUGCUGGGUUUUUAUUUUUAUUUUCAUUUUAUUCAAUGUUGUGUUUGGUUCUACUUGUGGUUGGUUGAUGAUGUAUCUUAUAUUUCAUAUACCCUUAGGCGAAGGACAAUAAUCAGCCACCAGCUGUUGUGGUUUUGUCCUCGUUGUUGUUGUUGUCUUGUCGCUUUCACACGUCCAUUACAAAUUUUCUUUGAUAAAUAAGUCAGUUAUUUAAAUGACUUUUUUUUUAAAAAAAAAAUGUACUUUUUAUGUCGCUGUCAUCAAAAUAUUACCUUUAUUGUUACAUUUUCCCUUGUUUUGUUUUUUUUUUCUCCCUAGUUUAUUCCCUAUACUUUCAUCAGUAUAAAUUUGCAGAUUUAUAGAUUGAAAAAAUUGGGCAUUUUCUUGUUUUACUGAUUAAUAUAUUUAUUAUAAAAUCAGGAGAUUGUGUGCUUGGAAGUGUUCCAUGUUGAACUAUUUAUCUUUUCGUCUUGAUAUAAUAUAAUAUAAGUGAAUGUAUAACUCAUAGUGGAUAUGUAACACUAUUUUCUUUGAAAACUUUCCUUAAACUAUUAUAUGAAAGGUUAAAAAAAGAAAAGAAAAGAGAAAUGUGUCUACAUUAGGACAAUUCCUUGAAAUGCUGCUUUUUUGUUUGUUGUUGAUACACUGUUUCAUUGUUUUGAACAUUGAUUGCGUUUUUUGAGAUACAGUGCACCAGUAGUUCAGUUUUCAUUUCGAUAGCUUUUAGUAGGAGGUUAGGUGAACCUAAGAUUAGCCUACCUAAUGAACUGAUGUCAGAUAAGAGAUGUUUGAGGAGAAUAUAUUUGUUUCACAUUUGAUUUCUGAGAUUGAGGCUCUCGUGAACCGUGUGUUUCCCAAAUUUGAACAGAAAUUAUGAAUCCAUAGAUAAUGCGACAUCUAGAUUGUGUGCUGUAUGGUAGUCAUUAACACCCUUUUUCAAUCGUUGUUAACACGAAGGUUUCAACAAAUAUCACAGAAUGCUGAGGUGACUUUGCUACGACUGACUUGAUUACGUUGAACUUUCUACAAAAGUGCAUCAGUUCAAAUCACCACACUUCGGAAAGCAAACAAGAAAAUAAAUGCAAUACAACUGCAAUAGAAGAGUUGAAACAACACGACAAAGAAGAAUUCGAUGGAGAAGACUAUUAAGGAUUUCCACAAACUGUGGAGGCUAACAAGGAGUGGAUGCAUACAUUUGGGAGAUUGGAAAUGAAAUUGAGUCAUUCCACAACCAUUGAUUCCCAUCA